UCGUUAACACACCAACAGCACCUUCAAGCAAAAACCAAAAAAUAUACAGAAGAAUUUCCCCAAAGCAACAAACAGCAACAGUAGCAAAAUUAAAUACCCAAAAUAUAAAGCGAACAGAUAAAUGUAAAUAUAUAUUAAUCAUUUCCGAAACCAAAAAUACGAAAAUACCAGUUUUAAAGAGCUUGAAUAGUGUGUGUCGCCGAUUAAAAUAUAUAAAUCUGUUAAACAUAUUCAAUCAAACCACAUUUAAUUAAAUUGAAUGUCAACGUGCGUGUCUAGUGCAAAAAACCUAAAUCACUCGUCUUGUUGUUGUGGCCGUCGUCGCCUGUAACUUAAAACGAAAGCAAAGUUUGGGCAGCCAUGAAAACCCCUGACAUUGAUAACAAACUGCGCGUAUAAACUGCAAAGGGAAAUGAGCGCACAAGGAAAAGCCAUUGUGAAACUGUGAAAGUGUAAUCAAAUAAAUUCUCUCGCCGGAUAAUCCGAAUGGAAGAAUAGAGGUCAGCCGUGGAAGAUGUGCAUAAAAACCUGCGACGACAUCAAAUUCGGUGACAAUAGCGACGGAGGCCAUGAAGGUGAAAAGAAUAACGUCAUCCUCAGUAAAUCCAAUUCGGGCUACGAGCACUUCCGACUUCAACUGCAGCUGCAGGCCAAGCUAAAUAAGCAAAAGCACAAAGGCCGCAAAUUGCCCAACUUUAAGAUUCUCAUGUGUUGUUGCUACUUUAUCAUCAUAGUCUUGAUGAUAUGAAAACACAAGCAAAAGCUACCAUCCAAUGAAAAUUAAAUUCCAACCAUAAAUGCUUCAAUUAUAUAGAUAAAUGCAAACAUACUGAAACAAAACCACAAAACGUACCAGAAAUUAAUGUUCGACUAAACUCACAAACAAGAUCUCAUGCGAUUGGUGUCUAUAAUCUAAACCAUCAGUUACUUACAUACGUGUGUUACUACAAGUUAAAUAUAUUAAAAAUAGUUAAAUAUUUUUAAAUCCAGCUUAAAGGGAAAUAAUAAGCUAAUGUUUUUGUGUCUGUGCAAAGUGAAAUUGUUUGUCCAUAAUCAUUGAAAGGCAUAUGUUUAACUGCAAAGCAUUCAAUAAUUCAAGUAACCUGUAACAAACACCAGUACUCGGAAAUGAAAUCGACGAAUGGCUCCAGCAAAUGGCAUAAUUUAUGAAAAUAAUUCACACGUGAACCAUCGCCAGCACGAUCCCAUAUCAUUUUGCACACAGGCAUAGACACAGAAUCGGGCGGCGCUAAAAAUGCUGCGCUUUCUCAAGAACCGUUAGACCCGGCGUCUGCCCAGGCACCGUUAUUGAACCGCCCAUCUAUCAAUCUAUAUGUAUAUGCUUAGCUGUAUCUGUAUCUGUAUCUUCGUGUCAAGCGCUACUUAGCUUAUAAAUUGUAAUAUUUGUGUAUAUUCUGAAUAUGGAUUAGUCUUAAGUCUGGUUAUGCAUAAUAUGUUGUUCACAUGUUCCUUGCAGUAAAUCCGUCUCUAUACCUAAGUUAAGAUAAUGCUGUGCAAUGAGCAAGUAAGAGCGAGUUCAAAAUGGUAUCUCGACCAGAGGAAAAAAGCGCGAAAAUGUAGCAUAGUGAAGAUGAUUAGCUGAUUUAUUCUAUGGGUGUAUGUUUGCGUGCUUAAAAAAAUACAUAAAGUAAAGACACAAAACAGAGAGUAUUUACCAAAAAGAAAGUUCACUUCCAAGGCCAAGAACGAAUAAAACGAGCAGCUGCAGGAAUUCAUUAGAAGAUCAAAAACAAAUUCAGAGAAAGUAAGAUAAUAUGAAAUAUAUAUAUGUGUGUGGAUUUAGAAUUUAGACGCUUUUUGAUACCCCAAAUGGACAUUAGCUAGGCAAACGGCAGAAUAUGCAUUGAAAAUUUUAUAGACAACAACGCACCUUAGGCAGAACAAACAUACAUAUUAUACUCAAACCAAAUAAUUCGUUUAUAUUGUCAUAAUCCCACACGGAAAUCAAGCACAGCUCCAAACUAAAAAGAAAAACAUGUCGAUGGAUACACCCAGACAAUACGCCCAAAUGUAUGCAAUUUGAUUGUGCAGAUAGAAUAUUUUUUAAAUGUUUAUAAGCAGAGAUUGAAAUAUUUGUAAAACAUAUUUUAAUAGACACCGAAAACCAAAGGACAAACUUUUUGAAACAUAUUUUUUUAUAUACAACAGAGACAGGAGGACGACGGUAUAGUUGAACACUGCGAAUAUGCACAAAACAUAUAUAUUUCGGAUAACCCUAGCCUAAGUUAAAGUUGUUGUAACACUUUCCGUUUACAAGUUGACAAACAAAUUUACUUUCGAUGGUUUCACAACGAUUAUUUUGAGCCGUUUUUUGUAUGCCGUUCGGUUGAAGCUUAAGCAAGUAAUCCAAAGUACAAUCAUUUAUGUCAAACAGGACACAAGAACACACCAGAGAUAUAGGUAUUGGGCAGGACAAUU